UUGGAGCCCCAGGCAGCGACAACUAGAAGCUGUGCGUGUGUCCGUGGAACCUACAAACACACACUUAUCUAACUUUCUCAAACUUGGCUUGAACUCCUGGACACAUACUCGUUGGAACCUUGAACACACUCCUUCCCAGUGUGUGUUGGUCUUCCAGUAACCAUGGCUCAGUCUGAAGCUAAUGGCCUCAGCCCGGACCUUUCCAAUGGAGCCAUCAUCCACAGCCCUAUAGGAACCUGUACCAAGCCGGACAGACAGAGACAACGAGAUGAAGAGGAGGAGGAGGAUGUAGAACUAGCAGAGGAGGUGUUAGAACUGGGGGAGGAGGUGGGCGAGGACAUGGAGGACAUUGGGAUGGCAGGUGCAGCUGAUCAUUUCGAAGUGACGAUGCAAGCUAGCGGGAGCGGAGGAAAGGAGGGAGAGGAGGGGGAGAGGGGGAUUGAAGAGGAGGUUGGUUUACAGGAAAAGAGAGAGGGGGAUAAAGGGGAGCGGGAGCUGACCGUGACAGUUGUUGUAAUUGAAGAGGAGGAGAAAGAGCAGGAGGAAUCUGUAGAGGCUGUUGAAGAAGAGAAGUUCGCUGAGAGAGAGGAGGAGUCAGCAGGGGCGGACAAAGAGAGAGAAAUAGAGGAGAGAGAAGAUCCUCUCCCCCCACCACCCCCUAGUUUACCUGAAACUGAGUCCAUUAAUGAUGAGGUAGAGAGGAAAGCCUUGGAGACAUCUCCAGAGGCAGAAAAGGCACAAAUAAUUUUGCCUGUUGAUGAGACAGAGAAGACAGAGGACAAUGUCGGUUUGACGACAACAGAACCGCCAGUCCCGUCAACUAAUGAUGAGGUGGAGAGUAAAGAAGAGCUGUGGACAGAGAGUCGAAAGCCAGAAACCACAUCCACUACAGAUGAGUUAACAAAGGGAGAGCAGAGUGGCGGUCAGGAUGCGGAGAUGCCCAUCAGCCAGGUGACUAAUGAUGAUGGCAUGGCGAGAGUGAGUGAUGAAAGCGGGAGUCAAGUGACCGAUGACUUUCAAACGGUGUCCACUAGUGAUGAGGUCAGAGAAACACGGCAGGAGGGAGGACGGGAAGAGGAGCCUAAACAUCAGCCAGCCAAUGACAAUGAAGGAGAGACCGAGGAAAGUAACAAUAAAUUGGCAAAAAAUCGACAGGUUUCACAAGAAGAGAGGGAUGAGAACCAGCAGGGAAGUGAGAAGAGUAAAGAGAAAAAAGAGGAGGUUAAAAGCCCUGUUACAGAAGAACAGGGAGAGACAACUAAAGCAGUUUUAGAGAAAAAAGAGGAGGGGGAUCAAGCGACAGAGCACCAGCCCCCGUUGUUUGUUACCAAUGAGUUCAUAGAGCUUGGAGUCGUCAAGAGUCAGGCAACCACAGCUCAACAGCCACAGGAUGUUGUCACUCCACCUGUUGAGGUAGAGGGAGGGUGCAAGAGCAAGGCACAGCCACUGAUACAGCCCAAUGAGAGUCAGGAGGGUGAGAACGGCUCUAAAGAGGAGGGAGGUUUACAACAGACAGAACAGCAGCUACAGGUGGAAGAGGGUGACAGUGAUAGGGCAGUGAAGGGAGGUGGUAGGGAGAGGGAAGAGCCGCAACAGGUUGGAGAUAAUGCGGUGGUGGGGAUGGACACAGAAGGCAGCAAAGUAAAGGAGGAGCAAAAGAAGGAGGAUAAUGUAGACAUAGCAGAGGAAGAGAGAAGAGGUGGCGGUGGUAUGGAGGAACAGACGGAAAAGGCUUUGGAGCCUGAUUAUGCUGCCAGAGAAGAGGGGGAAGAGAGAGAAGACAAAGUUGUAGCUCAGCCACAGGUACAGAUACUCAAGGGUUCAGAAGAAGCUACACAGGAGGACGACGACAAGGAUUUAGAGCAUGUCGAGGAGGCUUUUGAGCUUGAGGAGGGAGGAGACAUGGAGAAAGAACAGCCAGGAGAGGUCAUUCUGGAUGAGCUCGGAGCUGCAGAGGUGGGAGGGGCUGAAGAGAUGGAUAAUCCAGUCCCGGUCUCAGAGAUAGGGACGGGAGGAGCAGAGGGAGGAGGUGAGUUGGAGGAACAGCCAGUGACAAACAUUGACGAUAAUCUAGACUCACAAUCAGUGGUAGCGAUUGAGAUGGCGGAAGAGCCAGAAGAUCUCAUUGAGGAUGAGUCUAAAUCUGCAUUAGAGGGAGGCUGCAAGAGAGUAGAACAGCCAGGGCCUGCCACUAAGGAUGAGCCAGUAAAGUUUGGGAAGGAAUACACAGCGAAGGAAAGAAGGAAAGAGAAGAAAGAAGAGGUGGAGCUAGGGGUCAAAAGUCGCAAAGCCAGGAUAGAGAAUGGGUUCCCUGGAACAGAGGAGGUGAAACGACAACUGCUGAAUGAGAUGCUGCUAACUCCCACAAGGCUGAGACAAGGAAAAAUGAAAGAGGAGGCGACAGUAAAAAGAGAUAGGGUGACACCCCGCAGAGGGAGCAACGACUGGAUCAAGAAGGAGGCCCCAGAGGAGGUGCAGACCCGCAGAGGGAGCAACGACUGGAUCAAGAAGGAGGCCCCAGAGGAGGUGCAGACCCGCAGAGGGAGCAACGACUGGAACAAGAAGGUGGCCCCAGAGGAGGUGCAGACCCGCAGAGGGAGCAACGACUGGAACAAGAAGGUGGCCCCAGAGGAGGUGCAGACCCGCAGAGGGAGCAAUGACUGGAACAAGAAGGCGGCCCCAGAGGAGGCGCAAACCCGCAGAGGGAGCAACGACUGGAACAAGAAAGCGGCCCCAAAGGAGGCGCAGACCCGCAGAGGGAGCAACGACUGGAACAAGAAGGCGGCCCCAGAGGAGGCGCAGACCCGCAGAGGGAGCAACGACUGGAACAAGAAGGCGGCCCCAGAGGAGGCGCAGACCCGCAGAGGGAGCAACGACUGGAACAAGAAGGCGGCCCCAGAGGAGGCGCAGACCCGCAGAGGGAGCAAUGACUGGAACAAGAAGGAGCGGCCCCAGAGGAGGCGCGGCCCCAGACCCGUAGAGGAGCAACGACUGGAACAAGAAGGCGGCCCCAGAGGAGGCGCAGACCCGCAGAGGGAGCAACGACUGAACAAGAAGGCGGCCCCAGAGGAGGCGCAGACCCGCAGAGGGAGCAACGACUGGAACAAGAAGGAGGCCCCAGAGGAGGCGCAGACCCGCAGAGGGAGCAACGACUGGAACAAGAAGGCGGCCCCAGAGGAGGCGCAGACCCGCAGAGGGAGCAACGACUGGAACAAGGAGGCGGCCCCAGAGGAGGCACAGACCCCCUGGAGGAGGGAGGACUGGGCCAAGAAGGAGGCCCCAGAGGAGGUGCAGACCCACAGAAGGAGUGAUGACUGGAUCAAGAAGGCCCCAGAGGAGGCACAGACCCCCGAGAGGAGUGAGGACUGGAUUAAGAAGUUGUCUCCAGAGGAGGCGCAGACCCGCAGAAGGAGCGACGACUGGAUCAAGAAGGAGGCCCCAGAGGAGGCGCAGACCCCUGGGUGGAGGGAGGACUGGAUUAAGAAGUUGUCCCCAGAGGAGGUGCAGACCCACAGAGGGAGCAACGACUGGAACAAGAAGGCGGCCCCAGAGGAGGCGCAGACCCGCAGAGGGAGCAAUGACUGGAACAAGAAGGCGGCCCCAGAGGAGGCGCAGACCCGUAGAGGGAGCAACGACUGGAACAAGAAGGCGGCCCCAGAGGAGGCGCAGACCCGCAGAGGGAGCAACGACUGGAACAAGAAGGCGGCCCCAGAGGAGGCGCAGACCCGCAGAGGGAGCAACGACUGGAACAAGAAGGAGGCCCCAGAGGAGGCGCAGACCCGCAGAGGGAGCAACGACUGGAACAAGAAGGCGGCCCCAGAGGAGGCGCAGACCCGCAGAGGGAGCAACGACUGGAACAAGGAGGCGGCCCCAGAGGAGGCACAGACCCCCUGGAGGAGGGAGGACUGGGCCAAGAAGGAGGCCCCAGAGGAGGUGCAGACCCACAGAAGGAGUGAUGACUGGAUCAAGAAGGCCCCAGAGGAGGCACAGACCCCCGAGAGGAGUGAGGACUGGAUUAAGAAGUUGUCUCCAGAGGAGGCGCAGACCCGCAGAAGGAGCGACGACUGGAUCAAGAAGGAGGCCCCAGAGGAGGCGCAGACCCCUGGGUGGAGGGAGGACUGGAUUAAGAAGUUGUCCCCAGAGGAGGUGCAGACCCCUGAGCGGAAGGAGGACGGGAUUAAGAAGUUGUCCCCAGAGGAAGCUCAGACCCCCGAGAGGAGGGAGGACUGGAUAAAGGAGCUGAAGUCGGUGCUCAAAGAGGAGGUACUUUCCCCGAAGAGGAGAGAGGAGCAGGUGAAGAAAAAGAAGAAGAAGGUGGUGGUCAUGGACGAAGUGCCCACGUUCAUGCACCAGAGGACAGAGGUGAAGAUAGAGGUGAAGAAAGAGAAGGAGGCGCAGGGGGAGGAGAAGACGCCAAAGAAGUCUGUGAGGCUGCAGAGCCCAACUCCUUACGAGGAAGACAGCGACAGUCCGGACCCCCAGGAGUACGAGAUCUCCCUCUAUGUCAAGGUACAGUAG